AUGAACCCUUCUUCCUUUCUUGCCUCCUCUGAGUCAGAGUCUAAAAUCACAUACUAUAAUCAAGACGCACAGUUUAAAGAGCCCAUAGUUCCUGUCCAAAAUUUGGUCGACAAUUUGCUUGACGUUUUAGUUAGCAAUAAUUACGAGGAACCACUUCCUUUGAACAUAAGCAACAUAACUCUUUCCCUGGAUAUACAACACAUCUCCCCAUCUGAACAGUCUGUUUGCUCCGAGGGAAAUUUGAUGGUGGUAUAUUACCAAAAUAGUAUUCUUCAAUCAUCAAUGUCUUCUGAUGCGCGAGAAGAAAUUCCCUCUACCCACGAAAACAACUCCACUAUGGUGGGCUCCAAUGCAAAUAUUGCAUCCCAAAUAAUAGAGCAAAAGUCAAUUUUUGAGGCUGAAAUUCAGAGAUCUCCAAUUGCCGAAACUCGUUGCCCUACUUAUAUUCCAGAGUGCAUAGAACCGAUUACCAUGCUUACAUCAGAUGAGCCAAAAGCCAUGCCAAUUGGAGAGCCAACACGUGUGGUUUCGAAGAUAGAAGCUGAUUGUUCUAUUUUGGCUCUUGAAGAUGAAUCUUGCUGCAAAGAAUCUAUCGGAGAAUGCAUUUCAGAUCCAAAUGCGCCCUGCUCUCAAAAUACAAAUGAAAUUCCAUUCAUAAUUACAGAUAUCUCCCCCUCUUGCUGUACGACGCUUUCAGACUCGUGUCAAUUCGAUCCCGUAAGCACCACUAGCUGCAUCAUUCCUUUAUCAGUGGAAGCAGCCAACAAUGACUUGGUUGUGGCUGAAUCUUCCUCGAUCAAUGUUGUUGUUGAUACUUCCAUGAUUUCUUCUGGAUAUGUAAAUCCUCAAACUAAUGCUUUGGAUGACUUAAUUAUUAUUUCACCGACGUCAGAUAUGUUGGACUUUAUCGAAAGCGAGCUUCAAACACAAAAUACAUUGCCAAAAAUGAAACAUACAGAGGCCGAACAAGAAGAAAAAAAAAUUUUAGUAGAAGAUCUGCAUGAGGCCCCUUCUUUUUACCACAUCAGCGACGAGUCUAUCGUCUUUAGCUCUACACAUCUGGUGCUGGACCCUUCUUGCGAAUCGCCUGUCAACUUGGUGGAAGAAAGUCCUGUUGAUUUGGUUUGCGACUCUCCCGUUGAUUUAGAAUGCAGUCUCAGGACACUCUCCAUUGAAGACGAAAAAAUUGCUCCAGCCUCUGAUUUAGAAUCAAAGCCACCUUCCGGCAGUGCCGCCUCUAUUAGAGUUAAAUCGCCCACUUAUCUCCAUUCGUUAAAGGAGAGGCUUGGUUGCUCCAUCAUAUAG